UUAUAAAAAAUGCACCUACCUUUAUCUUUUCCUUUCUAAAAUAGGAAUUUUCCGCGAAUGAGUGUCGGCUCUUGGGUUCUCUGCAGAAAAUAAAACACAAAAAAAAAAAAAAAAAAAAAAAACAACUACGCAUUAUAAAAGCACUUUUUCAAUGAAAAAUCAGCUCUUUCUCUCUGCAAGGAGAAGAAACCUGUAGUACUACUCACCAUUGUUUCGAGUAAAGCUUGUUGUUUUAGCGCUAAAAAUCAAUGCACUGAACUGGGUCUGUCUCACUUUCCCUUGUAAUAACUUCCAUCUGGAGAUUUGUCUCCCGCAGGAUGGUGGAUUCAAGAUUAGGCCAAUGGUUGAUUCUUCUAGCCUGUGUUUUAUUGUUGACAAACACAGAAGGCCUUUUUGUAGAAAUUACUUAUGUUAAAAAUGCGGUAGCAAAAGGAGCUGUUUGUUUGGAUGGAAGCCCCCCAGCCUAUCAUUUAGAUAAGGGGUUUGGUACGGGCAUUAAUAGUUGGCUGGUUCACUUUGAGGGAGGAGGAUGGUGCAACAAUAUAACAACGUGCCUUUCCCGUAAGAAUACUCGUUUAGGUUCCUCCAAGCAAAUGGGACCUCAGAUUGCUUUCUCUGGGAUUAUGAGCAACAGGCGACGAUAUAAUCCUGAUUUCUACAAUUGGAAUAGAGUUAAGAUCAGAUACUGUGAUGGGUCAUCUUUUACCGGCGAUGUGCAAGCGGUCAAUCCUGCUACUAAUCUUCACUUCAGAGGAGCAAGGAUUUGGCUUGCCGUUAUUGAGGAGCUAUUAGCUAAAGGAAUGAAAAAUGCUGAAAAUGCUCUUCUUUCUGGCUGUUCAGCUGGUGGACUGGCUUCCAUUUUGCAUUGCGAUGGCUUCCGAGCUCUCCUUCCUAUGGGUACUAACGUAAAAUGCCUUUCAGAUGCUGGUUAUUUUAUCAAUGCGAGGGAUGUUUCUGGAGCGGCGCACAUACAAACCUACUUCAAUGAAGUGGUUUCGUUGCAUGGAUCCGCAAAAAAUUUGCCUCUGUCCUGUACUUCAAGAUUGAAACCUGCAUUGUGUUUCUUCCCGCAAUAUCUGGUGCAGCAAAUACGAACACCGCUUUUUAUUCUAAAUGCAGCAUAUGAUUCAUGGCAGAUAAAGAACAUUUUGGCACCGGGUGUUGCUGAUCCCCGUGGCUCCUGGAACAGCUGCAAGCUUGACAUAAACAACUGCUCCCCUAUUCAAUUGAAAACUAUGCAAGAUUUUCGGAUGCGGUUCUUGAGUGCAUUGUAUAGAUCAGCCAACUCUUCUUCUAAAGGACUGUACAUAGACUCUUGCUAUGCCCACUGCCAAACUGAAACGCAGGAGACAUGGUUCAUGGCCGACUCUCCAGUACUCAGUAAAACUAAAAUUGCAAAGGCAGUUGGAGAUUGGUUUUAUGACAGGAUUCCAUUCCAGAAGAUAGAUUGUCCUUACCCUUGCAAUCCGACCUGCUCCAAUAAUGGUUUAAAUCCUCGAGAUAACCCAGAAAAGGGACCGCAGAAUCAGAGUGCAAGAAAAGAAGAAAUAGUUUUGAUGAGGCUGUUUCUCUGUUGGUUUCUGGCAAUGCAAACAGGACUGAUUUGGAGAUAAAAUCACUUUCAGGAAUUCAAAACUAGAGAAUGAAGGUGAUGAUACAGAUUGAAAAGGAUGCAGCAUUGUACAUUAGUGAUUGCCAGCAUCUUUACACUGUCACACAUAUUAGCUUUAGUUUUCUGCAGGUGUACAUGAACUGAACUGUUAACAGGAAAGUUGAGAAGUAUAGAAAUGUAUUGUAUACAUAACUUUGACCUUACAAAUCAUCUGUAACAAAAACUGUAUCUGCAAUAACCUCAUUUACUGACUA